AUGAUCAGAACCGUUCUGUCUCCUCGCGCGAGAUCUGGGUCUGAAUUCCAUGCUCGUUAUCUGCGCUGCGUUUCGCUCUACAGGAACUUCUCCGGCGUCAUGUUGUCUCGUUUACUCAAAGAUCAUCAGGCCAAGCAAAACGAACGCAAAGAAAUACAAGAAAAAAGGAGGAGGGAAGCUGUUGCAGCCGCUACACGUCUCACAGAGGCCCUGGUGGAUCAUCUUAAUGUUGGAGUGGCUCAGGCAUAUGUGAAUCAGCGGAAACUGGACAAUGAAGUAAAAACGCUGCAGAUCCAGGCCGCCCAGUUUGCCAAACAGACUCAACAGUGGCUUGGUAUGGUGGAUAACUUCAACCAGGCUCUCAAGGAAAUUGGUGACGUCGAGAAUUGGGCAAGAAGCAUUGAGAUGGACAUGAGAACGAUUGCCACUGCCCUAGAAUAUGUCUAUAAAGGACAGCUGCAACCUGCAACAUGAAGCCUCGAAUGUGAAACUGAAAAACGGGCAUUUUGAGAGGAAGAGAAGCGUCUUCACAAUUUAAAGCUGACAUUCUUAAACAAUCUGUAAAGCAGGGCCUUCCAACAGGAUGGUUGCACUAAUCCUGCAGUGCCCUUCUCGUUGGGGACUCUUCUCCACCCACUGCACUGACUGUUAAUUACAAUAUCCAAAGCUUGAACACAGUUAUCCAAGACUUUAUGCGUUUACUUGUUUUCCCAGAGUGCAACUAUCUAGGAACGAUUAUGUAUAAAUGCCAAAAGUCUGGAAUAAAAUAUAUACAAGCCAUUUCAUUUUC